AUUGCGGCCUCCUGCCUAGCUCGUCGACCAAAGCGCGCGGCGCGCGCGGAGCAGCGCUAGCAGCUGCCUGCCUGCUUCUUCUGCAUCUUCUUCUUCUUCCACGCCGGUGUGCCGCCGUGCCGGCCAUCCACCGCGCGCCAUGACGUGGUGGCCGUGGCCGUGGCCGUGGUCGUGGCAAGCGACCGCGCUCGCCGCCGCGGCGUGGCUGUGCCUGCACCUAGCCGUGGCGCGGCUCAUGGAGGCGCUGUGGUGGCGGCCGCGCCGGCUGGAGCGCCACUUCGCGCGCCACGGCGUCCGCGGGCCGGGCUACCGCUUCUUCUUCGGCAGCUCCAUCGAGCUCAUCCGCCUCAUGCUGGACGCCUCCUCCCGCCCAGCGCCACCCGAAGCGCCGCACGACGUCCUCCCCAGGGUGCUCGCCUUCUACCACCAUUGGAGGAAGCUCUACGGUCCAAUGCAUCUGAUUUGGUUCGGGAGGACGCCGCGUCUGGUCGUGAGCUCGCCGGAGCUGAUCCGGGAGGUGCUGCUGUCGCGAUCGGAGCAUUUCGACCGGUACGAGGCGCACCCGCUGAUCCGCCAGUUCGAGGGCCUCGGCCUCAGCAACCUCCACGGCGACGAGUGGGCGCGCCGCCGCAAGAUCCUCACGCCCGCCUUCAACGCCGAAAACCUCAAGCUGCUCGCGCCCUUCGUCGCCGACACGGUGCAGCGGAUGCUGGAGGAGCGCGUGCUGCUACCGUCGUCGUCGGCGGCGGGCGGGUCCGGCGAGGUGGAGGUGGACGUGGUUGAGUGGUACCAGCGGCUGCCGAAGGAGGCCAUCACCGUCGCCACGUUCGGCCGCAACAGCGACGAGGGCAGCGCCGUGUUCCGGCUGCAGGCCGAACACGCCAGCUACGCCACCGAGGCGCACAGCAAGGUCUUCAUCCCGGGCUACAGGUUCCUGCCCACCAGGAGGAACAGGCGCGUGUGGCAGCUCGACAGGGAGAUCAGGAGACUCCUGGCUAAGCUCGUCGCCGGCCUGCAGAGCGGCGACGACCACCGACACCGGGGCCGGGACCCGCGCGCCGGCGGCAUGAGGAACUUCAUGAGCUUCAUGGCCCCGGCCAUGACGGCGGACGAGAUCAUCGAGGAGUCCAAGAACUUCUUCUUCGCCGGGCUGGAGACGCUGAACAGCCUCCUCACCUGGGCCACCGUCGCGCUCGCCAUGCACCCGGAGUGGCAGGACCGUGCUCGCCGGGAGGUCGUCGACGUCUGCGGCCGCCGGGGCGUCCCCACCAAGGACCACCUCCCCAGGCUCAGGACGCUCGGGAUGGUCGUCAACGAGACGCUCAGGCUCUACCCGCCGGCGGUGGCCAUGAUCCGGAAGGCGAAGCGGGACGUGGAGCUCGGCGGCUGCGUGGUGCCGGCGGGCACGGAGGUCAUGAUUCCCAUCAUGGCCGUGCACCACGACGCCGACGUGUGGGGCACCGACGCCACGAAGUUCAACCCCGGGCGCUUCGCGGGCGACGGCGGCGACCGCCAGCCGCGGCCGCAGAUGGCGUUCAUGCCGUUCGGCGGCGGCGCGCGGGUGUGCAUCGGCCAGUACCUGGCGCUCAUGGAGGCCAAGAUCGCCUUGGCCAUGGUGCUUCAGCGCUGCGAGUUCCGGCUGUCGCCGGCGUACGUGCACGCGCCGAGGGUGCUCAUGAUACUCAACCCGCAGCACGGCGCGCCGGUCAUCUUCCGGCCGUUGUGACACGUCAUUCCAGCCAGACAUCUCGCAGCUCCGCUCAGAAAUCCAAACCGAUCGGAUUCAAUUCAUUCCUUCCUUCCUGUAAAUUAUCACCCCCAUUACCAAUUGCAAAUAUAUAAAGUAUACCAUACG